AGGGCGACUGACGAAAGUGGCGGGCAGGGCGCGGCCUAGGGACGGACGACCGGUUGUGAUCGCCCGUUGAGAAGGCCUAGUAGAAAUGGCUGGUCGCAGGACUCCUCAGUACCUGGCUGUGCAGGAGAAUCUUGUUAUGCUACAGAGAACUCUGAGGGGAACUGACGAGGCAGAAGAUAGUUUGCUGGCCAUUUUCAAAAGUCGUGGAUGGCUUGACCAACUAGCCAAAACAAAAGCCGAUGGGCUGAUUAGAAAAGCCCUGAGCAAAAUAGAAAACGAAGGUAGAGAAUUACGAGUUGUUCAUAGAGAUGCUGCAGGAAGUUUCAGGUAUUGAUGAAGCUGUGGAAGAGAUCACAAAACGGUGCCCAACAAGGCCUCAAAAAGACCUAGGAACAAAAGGCAAUAGGAAACCUGAAGACUUUGCAAGUUUCCCAAGACCAAAGCUGGUUGACCUGAUCAAUAUAGUUGGUGUUAGAGUAAAGGUGAAGUGGAAAAGCAUGGGACUUGGGCUUGGUUUCAAGGGUUGGGAACUAAAUGGGAUUUACGCCACAAAGUGUAGAGAACUGGACCCUCCUCAAGAGUGCAUGACAGAGGUUUUUAGCCAGUGGCUGUCUGGUUUGAAAAGUGAAUACUCGUGGAAGAAACUGGCAGAAGUUCUUGUGUCGCCAGCAGUUAAUGAAAUUGAACUUCUGGGUCAUAUGUACAAAGAACUUACUAAUAAGAAGUAGAACUCUGACAGUGGUAUAUAUUUGUAAGUAUACUUGGUUGACUAGGACAUUGCAUUCUCUAUGAAUUCUAUCUACUAACACUAGUCAGAAAACUUUUUGGCCAAACGUUUCGACUGCUCUGCAGUCCUCAUCAGUGGCA